GAGAGGGGUGAAGGCGUUAGUCGUGUUUUCCUCUCUCCACCCAUCGCAAGAGGGAGGGAAUUAGAGGUCAAAUUGGGGAAAAAGAGGGGGAGUCUAUAAUGAAACCAGAGAAAGGAUACAAGUGUGGACACUCACAGAGAUUAGCAGGAAACCAACACGAGACAGAAAGGAAGCCGACGGUUCCAUUCAGGCUUUUUUUUCUAACAGUCGACCAGAAAAUCCAUUUUUUUCAUCCUUCACUUAUUUCCCCCUUUUAGUGAACAACAAAAGCAUCUCAAGCCGUUUUUUUGUUCCUCUCUGGAAAAGACGCAGAACAGAAGAGCGGCAGCGAUGGCGGCCUCUCUCCUCCAGGCCUACAGGAGGCGCUGGUGGAUGGCGGUGACGGCGGUGUUUGAAAACCUGCUGUGUUCGGCUGUGCUGCUGGGAUGGGGGUCCCUGCUCAUCAUGCUGAAAAGGGAAGGCUUCUACUCCCACCUGUGCUCAGAGAAUGAGUCCGUGGUCGUGUCUUUGAACUCCUCUAGCGGGGAGGUGGAGGAGUGGCUCAGCUGCGUGGAUCAGGAGGAAAUGCUGAAUCUGGGCUUCACCAUUGGGUCUUUCUUGCUGAGCGCCACCACCCUGCCACUCGGCAUCCUGAUGGACAGGUUUGGGCCGCGCCCAAUCCGCCUGGUGGGCAGUCUGUGUUUCAGUCUGUCCUGUGUUGUCAUGGCCUUAUCUGCCUUCAACCCUCGUGCUCUGUCGGAACUUAUUUUUUUGGCUGUCUCCCUGAAUGGCUUUGGAGGCAUCUGCCUGACCUUCACCUCCCUCACGCUCCCCAACAUGUUUGGUGCUCGGAGCUCCACCAUCAUGUCUCUGAUGAUUGGCUCCUACGCCUCCUCUGCUGUCACCUUCCCUGGAGUCAAGCUGAUCUACGAAGCGGGCGUGUCCUUCCGGGUGAUCAUGUGGAUGUGGGCGGGUCUGGCCGGGCUCGUCUUUCUCAACUGCUUCAUCAACUGGCCCACGGCAGGCUUCCCCACGCCGGACGAGGUGGACUACAGUAAAAUCGAGACACUGCAAGAGCCACCUUCAUCUGACACGAAGGCUGCCGGGGAGCAGCUGAGCCCGAAAAAUGGAGACGUCCGACACUCGACGGAGAAACUUCCUAAUGGAUCCGACGCCGUGCCCAACGCCACUCCCUUCCGGCGGUCUGUGUUCUCUCCCAUCUUCCUGUGGAGCCUGAUCACAAUGGGGAUGACCCAGUUGAGGAUCAUCUUCUACAUGGGGGCGAUGAACAAGAUGCUGGAGUUUUUGGUCACCCACGGGGAAGAGCAUCCAUCCGAGCAGAUGGUGAUUGAAGCAGAAGAGAAAGUGAGUUUCUACUCGUCCAUAUUUGGCACGCUGCAGCUGCUGUGCCUGGCCACGUGUCCUCUGAUUGGAUACAUCAUGGACUGGAGGAUGAAGGAUUGCGAGGAGGAGAAGCCCUCCCACACAGGCACAGAGCAGAGGCAAACCGUUGUACCCAAAAGAGACCGUAAGAUCCAGAAAGUGACCAACGCCAUGAGGGCCUUCACUUUCACCAACAUCCUGCUGCUCACGUUCGGAUGCUGCUGCCUCAUCGACAGCCUGCCGCUACAGAUCUUGACCUUCAUCCUCCACACUAUGGUCCGAGGCUUCAUCCACUCGUGCUGCGGAGGCCUCUACGCUGCUGUUUACCCGUCAAACCACUUUGGCACCCUGACGGGCCUGCAGUCCAUGGUCAGCGCCGUGCUCGCUCUGCUGCAGCAGCCGCUCUUCGUCGUCAUGGUCUCAUCGCUGAACGGAGACCCCUACUGGAUCAACCUGGGCCUGAUCCUCUUCUCAUUGGGUGGUUUCCUGUUGCCGGGUUACCUGUUCUACCACCGCAGGCAGCUGCUGAGGGAGAAGGAGGCCAGAGACAAGCGGGCGGCCGAACAGGAGAUGCUGACCCUCAACAACGGGUCGACCAACGGCACAAUCAACGGCUACAAACCUCACAGCAACGGCGUCACUCCCGUGGAGGCGUGAGGCGACUCACAGUCGGCGGUUGGGGGGAAAUCGAAGGAUUUUUAGUUGUCUUGAAAAUGAGCACCAGCAAACUGCGCAUCCAGAGAUGAAUAUUUGCUGCGAUUUUUGCAGUGGUUUCAGUUUUUUCCGUUAUUGCUGGUGCACAUUUGCCAGCAAAUAGGAUUCCUUGUGUUGUUAUGACUCAGAGUUGGACUUUUAAGUUCCUUGUGAUUUCCGUCAUCAUUUGUUUAUUUAUUUUUGGUUAGUGUCAAAGAGCCGAAUUAGUGUGAUUUAAAGCCAUAGAUUUCACUCACAAGCACAGACCGCCUGAGUGUUGAACUGUGGAUAUCAGACUACUGGAAAUGCUGUCAGACAGUAUUCACAGAUUUCUAAAACAAUCAUCACUGUCUUCGCUAAGACCAAAGACCAGGUGAAAUAGAGGAAAGUUACAGUUUUUACCUCCAAUGCGACUGUUUCUGUUGUAAUUGGACAAAGCUAAAAAUGUAUAAAACAAGUAUAGAACAAUCACAGAAAUGUUAUAGCACCUGAACACCAGACUUCUGGUAUGUACAAAGUCCAUUCUUUCACACAAAGUUAGGCUGGUUAGACACCAUAUCUACCUCCUGUCUCUUUUUCCGUAUUGUCUCUCUGGAGCAUACGUUGGUCCAUCAAAGUCAUUUUUUACACUGUUAAUCCUUUAAUUAUCAAAUAGCUCAUGUGUUUGAGUAUUAAUGCUCUUUGGAAGUAUCAGCCCGAGCAUUUAUGGAUUGUUUUAUAUGGAGGAGAAACAUUUUUUGAUGGACAAUUCACAAAUGAGACUGACAAACACACAGUGUGUGAUAAUGUUGUGAAUCACUUUGUACUGCUUUAUGCACAUCAAUGAACUAGUGUGUGUAUAAAAUGUGUAUUUAAGUGUAUUUUUAUACUCUGCAGUAGCAUUAAAAAGGGAAGCUUUUGUUUCAAUGUCCGUUAUUGUGAGUGAACGUCAGAAAUGAAGCUCAGAUGAUUAACUUUGUAUUCUGCAUUUGGCCUUUUUGCUUUCCUAGUCAUGUUUUGAUUUUAGAGCAAAUACACCUCCAUCCAAUUUCAUUUUUUUGUAAAUAGAACUAGUCUGUUUUUAAGUGUUUUCUGCUUAGAUGCUUGAAGUUAUAUUAACGCUUUUCAGAAGGCUGCCGUUCAAAAUGUGUCCUCCCUGUAUGUUCGAUUUGCUCCCAGCAACAGUAUCUUGUAGAUUUGAAUCCAUCUCAUUUUUUUUAAACCUAAUUAUUUCAGUGUGAAGAUAGAUUUAGUAGUUUUUUUUAGCUUUACUUUAAAUAUGUUUUCAGCUUCAAGAAUCUUAGCUUUCUCCCCAAAUGAGAGAUUGUGUUGUGAUUGAUUGUGUUUUGUUUCAACUCUUUGCUGCGAUCUUGGUGUUAAUGCUCUCUCUUUAUAUAUAUAUAUAUAUAUAUUAUAUAUAUAUAUAUGGAUGAAAAUCCAAGUCAUGCUAUAAACUAGUUGAUACUAUAGCACCUUCCUGCAGGACAACUACGGUAAAUGCAUUUGUCUGAUUGCUUUUGACAUUGCUCGGCAUAUGUCAAUAUAUUACUCUAUUAGUAUUUUGUAUGUAUAGUACAGCAAUUCAGGAAAAAAAAUGUGACCUCUUGUAUCUCGGCAAUUUGACCAAAAGGUUCCUUGUUGUGACACCUGUGGUUUCCUUUUGGCUUUUAUAUUGGAAAUCAAAGCCUGUUUAAUAAUGAACUUUAAUCAAUUCUGCCGACAUUCUAUACAACAAAAAAUAAACACCCUUUGCUGUGUCCGUAUCUGAAGCGCAUCCAAUCCAGUGGUUUAUCUAAUUGUGUUGCUUUACUCUUGGGGUCGAAGUGUUGGUAUGAGUCGCUCACUAUAUCCAGCAUGUGCAUCUUAUAAAUGACUGGCUGUUGACAUUUUUUACUUGUGUUCUAUUUUUGCCACCAAUGCAAAAAUAUUUUUAUCACAAUAAACAA